GUGUGUUGGAAACUCAUGGUUCAACUCCUAUGAAAUAGAUUAAUAUUAAGUACAGUAGAAAACUUGACAAGAUUGCUAUGCUAUCUUGACAGAGUCUUCUAUCACCCAAGACAGUAGUUCCUUAUGCAAAUAGCCUAUAUAUGGAUAAAAAAUUGCAUGCCUUUAAUAGAAAUUAGGGCCAUAAGUCAUAAUUCAUAAUGCAUAAAACAAGGACUAAUAAUAUUUCUCAUUGCUGUGUAACUAGGCUACUUGCACAUAUAGUCCUUAUCUGGUUGCACUGAGAAUUGAUGGAUCAUGGAACCAAAAAUUCUUAUAAUUUACAAACUCAAGUGUGUAUAUUGAUCAGGAAAAUGAGCUGGUCUGGGGGAGAUUGGAUGUGUGGUGUUUGCGAACACAUAAAUUUCAAGAAGAGGGAAGCAUGCCAGAGUUGUGGAUACCCCAAGUAUGGGGGACCUGACCCUUCAACCUACAGAUACAACAGGACUGAAGCUUUGCCAGGGGACUGGUUUUGCAACUGUGGAGCUCACAACUAUGCGAAUCGAUCAAGCUGCUACAGAUGUGGCUCAAUGAAAGAUGAUUACUCUUCAGGAUAUGGCAACAACUCUGGAGGAUAUGGAUCUGACACUUUCCCCCCAGGAUGGAAGACUGGAGACUGGCUUUGCCCAAGACAUGGAUGUGGAGUGCAUAAUUAUGCUAGCAGGACAGAAUGCUAUAAAUGCAAAAUGCCAAGGGAUUAUGGUGGUGCUGACUGAAACAAGAAAUUUCACAAGACCUGCAAUAUCACUGAUUUCUCCUUUGGCGUCUUUCUUUUCCUUACAACAUUCUCUCUUGCUUUUCCUAUGUCAAGUUCUAGAUAAAUCAUGGAUGAAGGCCUCUGUUAGAAUCAUAGCAUUGUUUUUUCAUUAGGAAGUAAUAUGGAUAUCCGGCUGUAAUUGUUUCUUGCUAGAUGUACUGACAAGAAGGUUAUGAAAUCCAUAUAUUUUAUUUUCCA